AUGUCGUUUCUACCAAAUUUUGCUUCCGGCUAUUACUCAACUGUAACAGCAAUAAUUAUUAUCAUACUUUUUGCUAUUCCAUAUCAAUUUUCCUUACUUAAGAAAUUCUAUAAUUCACGAGCAAAAUCAUUGAAAACAAACACAAAAAAUGAAAAUAACGAAAAUUUAAUACCAAUACAUUGGCAAAUUACCGUCUGGAAUCAUAAAUUUUGGAAUUAUAUGUUACACAUCAUUGGCGUUGGUGACAUGUCAACCAAAGAAAUUAUUUUACUUGCGAUUUAUUUAGGGCUCAAUGCCGCUUUUCUAUUCAUACCAUUUGAAGAUCAACUGACACAUGACAUUGUGCUACGAAAUAAUCGAUUUGGCUGGAUUGGUUUAACAAAUGCUGCGUUUGUAUUUCCGUUGGCGACUCGUAACUCAAUUUUUGUACAUUUGUUGGGAAUUCCGUUCGAGCGCAUAAUCACUUUUCAUCGUUGGGUUGGAAGAAUGGUGAUUUUUAUGAUAAUGUUCCAUGGUGGAAGCCAUAUUACGCAUCGUUGGCAAACGGUCACUCAUGAUAUCGGUGAUCUGAUUUUUACUUAUAGAGUUAAUUUAACGGGAUUUCUUUCUUUUACCGGGCUUUUCGUUAUUGGUGUGACUUCGCACUCAUUAGUUCGACGACGUGCCUUUGAAGUGUUUUAUUAUGGACAUUUCUUUUUUAUUAUGUUUCUCGCAAUUGCAUUUUUGCAUGAUAGGAACCAUGUGUAUUGGUUGUCUCUCGGAUUCAUACUUUAUAUAAUAGACAGGAUUAUUCGUUUCAUUAUUGGCUACAAAGAAACAAACAUUAUUAGUAUAAAAGCGCUCGAAGGAGGCGUCACUCGUGUAACGUUCACGCGACAAAUGAAUUAUAAACCAGGACAAUACGUAUUUGUACACUUUCCACAAUUGAGUAAAUUACAAUGGCAUCCUGUCUCGUUGUCUUCUGCUCCUAGAUUAACAGAAAGUGGCGAACAACAUCACGCCAUGAUACACUUGAAAGCUUCAGGUGAUUUUACCGAGAGCCUGUUUGAUCUGGUUAGGUCUUCCAACGAGGGAAAUUUGCCAAUGCCAAUUACGAUGAGAGUGGAAGGCCCAUACGGACGGCCAAGUUUGAAUUUCGAAGAUUUUAAGACCGUUGUAUUAAUAGGUGGUGGAAUUGGUGUUACACCCAUUAUGAGUCUUCUGCAAGAUCUUGUGGAUCGACAAGUUACGGGCAUUCCUAUAACAACGCAAUCAAUUUUCUUUAUAUGGACAGUGCCUAACCUUGUUUCAUACACAUGGUUUGAAUCCGAAAUACAAGAAGUUCAAGACAAAUUUUCCUCAUUACCUACAGAAAUAUAUCGACUCAAUAUCAAAAUAUUCGUUACGCGAUCAAAAGAGAUUCUUCCAGCUGACACAACCCUACUAAUUCAAGGCAGACCUUCUUUUAAUACUCUACUCCAUGAAAUAAAACAAUACCAUGGGUCAGGUGAUAUUGCGAUUGCUGUUUGUGGACCUGUUGCUAUGAUUAAAGAAGUCCAACAGAUAGGAAUCAAGCAAAGUGAUCGGUUUGGUCUUUUCAAAAUACAUAAAGAAACUUUUGCGCUUUAG